AUAUCGAGACUUUGUUUCUCAUUUAUAACACAGAACUGGGUAAAAAAUGGGAAGAACCAGCAGCGCAUAAAGCGGCCGUUUGUGCCGAGCCCGCCAGGGGGCGCGCCAUGGGCCCGGCGCAUGCGCACAGCGCCGGCGGAAGGCGCGGCAGCGGCAGCGCUGGCGGAGCAGGAGCAGCAGCAGCAGCAGCAGCGGGGCAGCGGCGUUGCCCGGGUGGGGCUGUGCCUGCUGUGCGGGCUGCCCGCGGCCGGCAAGUCCACCCUGGCCCGCGGCCUGAGCCGCCGGCUGCCGCAGCGCCCGGGCUGGGCCUGCGCGCUGCUCGCCUACGACGAGCUCAUCCCGCCCGAGGCCUUCCGCCCGCGCGAGCCGUCCGCGUUGCUGCCCGGCUGGAAGCAGAGCCGCCGCCAGCUGCUGCAGUGCCUGGAGGGAUUGCUGCGGGCGCUGCUCACCGGGGCGCCGCUGGCCGGGCCCGCGCAGCCGGGCUGCGAGCGCUUCCUGCGCUGCUGCCGCCGCCAGGGGCUGCUGCCCGCCGCCGAGGGUGGGACCGGAGCCGCCUCCCGGCCGCUCGUCCUCCUGCUGGAUGACAACUUCUAUUACCAGAGCAUGCGCUACGAGGUGUUCCAGCUGGCCCGCAAAUAUUCCUUGGGCUUCUGCCAGUUAUUUUUAGAGUGUCCAGUGGAAUGCUGCCUGCAGAGGAAUCGCCUCAGAAGUGAUCCUGUGCCUGAGCAGACAAUACAAUUAAUGGCAAGGAAAAUAGAAAUGCCAGAUCUUGAGAAAAACGCUUGGGAGCAGCACAGCCUCAUUCUGAAUAGUACUGAUUGCAUCUCAGAGGAUGAUGAGCAGAUUAUGAACUUGCUGGCCACUGCUUUGGAAAAUCCAGAGAGGCCAAACGAGGAGGACACAGAGCAAAAGGAGGCAGCUCGAGCCAUCUGUGCAGCCAGUGCUGUCCAUCAGGCUGACCAGGCGUGCAGGAGAGUCAUCUCUCAGGCAAUGCAGGAUGCCAAAGGUAAAAACGUUCUCCCAAGUGAGAUGAAGAGCCUGGCAGAAGAACUCAACAGACUGAAAGCAGAAUUUUUGGAAGACUUGAGGCAAGGAAAGACUUUGAAAAUCCAAUAUUCUGACCCUGCUACAAGUGUCAUUUCUUCAUUCCAACAUGAGGCAACCAAUGUAAUAAAUAAAUAUAUUUUAAAAUAACGACAUAGAGAAUACAUUGGGUGCUUAGGAAUCCAAAGUGUUUCAAAUUCACUCUGCUGAGAGAUCUGAGGUGCAGCUCCCUUCUCUGGAGCCCCUGUGCCUCCUCUCCCAUGAUAUGGAAGAGAAACAAUUUAAUCAAGUCUAAUCAUGCUGUCCUUGGCUGUGGAGAUCAAGCCAAGAGCAAACCAUCCUGAGACUUAAAUUUCAUGGAAUCAGAGUUAAACCAGGAAGAACACUUGGGAAAUCUCCAGUUCCAGCCAUGAAAGGAUAUGCAAUUAAAAACUGACAUGAGACCUAAUUAGAAAGUGUUAUUUUAUUCAUAUCUUACAAAAGCAAAGUUUCACAACAUGAACUACACGAGAUAGAGUUAUUUCAGAAUUAACCUUGUCAUCAAAAACGUUCACUAACAUGAAAAUUUAUUUUACAACUCUAA